CAGUGGAGUAAAACCUGAAGAGGUCUUGUUUCAUGGGUCCGGAUCGUUGCACGAGUGUUUCUCACAUUAUUAAUGAAUAAAGCUCUCUCCGCCGUGGCUCAGGUUUAGAUGACAGGAACGUUAAUUCAUCUGCCGUCAUGCUUCCUCGGAUGGGUAAAGAUUUUCUCGUCCGGAUGCAGUUCAACUGGCGGCCGCUUUUCCAGGGCCGAGCCCUGCUGCUCACAAACACCCUGAGCGGAGGAAUAUUAUUGGCACUGGGAGACAUCGUGCAGCAGAGCCGGGAUAACCUAAAACAGCCAGGCAGAGUACGAGACUGGAGGAGGACAGGUCGCAUGUUUACGGUGGGCUGCUCCUUCGGUCCUUUGCUGCAAUACUGGUACAUCUGGCUGGAUGGAGUGUUUGUGGGCAAAGCUCUGAAAACGGUGGGAAAGAAGGUUCUGGUGGACCAGGUGGUCGCCUCACCGUUUCUGGGGAUGUGGUAUUUUGUAGGUAUGGGUCUCCUGGAGGGACACACUUUAUCCGAAGGAUGGAAGGAGUUUUCAAACAAGUUCUGGGAAUUUUAUAAGGCAGACUGUUGUGUUUGGCCUCCUGCUCAGAUGAUCAACUUUUACUUCCUCCCGCCUAAAUUCCGUGUUGUGUACAUCAACGUUAUCACCGUAGGGUGGGACACCUACCUUUCCUACCUCAAACACAGAGAUGACAGCCAAACUGAGCUGCUGUCAGACAGCAGUGCUGUGGAUGUUCAGCAGGAAGCGCUCCCAUCAUCCAAACCUCUGGAGGAGAAAACCUAGAGGCGGAGUUCAUGCACAAGUGUGAAGUCUGUCCAGUGUGUCGGUACAUCUACUGUUUUGCACUCCUGUAGGAACAGUCGGGGAUAAAUGCUGUUUCACGGCCUCGCAAGCUAAUUCCUCUGAUGAUGGAGGUUUUAUUUUGAUCACAUCUCCAUAAUUGUAACUGCUGCCAUUAACAAAACCAUUUAAAUGUAAGUUAGUUGGUGCACGUUUUUUGUAUGAAACUACAAUAUUUAAACUGUCCAAUAUCCAACAGAGUGGCAUUUCUUAAAUGUAUAGAUGGAUGCAUUAAUGCCAAAUAACCUUGUCUUGAGUUUAUCCCCUUGAAAUAUUUAUGAAAAAAUUGCACUAUUCUGAUUACAUGCUUGAAGAAAAUGUAUUGCGGUAUAAUUAUUUAUUUACACAUUUAAUUUUUUUCAUGAAUCCUUAACUGUACUUGUAAACCUGAUUCAAGACAGACUGAAGCAAUACAAUUAUUUUAUUUUUAAAUAGCAUACAUUUUAUACUUCAUUUUAAAUGUGACUUGAUAUCCUGUACUUAUCGUAUGGUUCCAACUGCUAUUUUAUUAAUGAAUAUCCAACUAUAUAAAUGCUGUCUAAAAACAGAAA